GGAGAGCUGGAAUUUUUAGGCGACAAACUGCUAGAAGGUGGUCAACUGGGAGAAAUGAAGAAUGGGAUCAACUACCGCGAGGACAAUUAAAGAUACCCGCUGCUAUAGUGAGUCAUUAACKCGAUAGUUGCCUAACACAACGAGCAAGAGUUUCCUCGGAUUCCGUCUUUGAGAGUUUCGAGCUCCAAUGUUAGCCAUAAUGUGCGAAAAGCCUCCACCAACAAAGCGAUCCGACCUGCCCGAGGUCCCUGGUCCAACUUUGAGACCAAGAACCGUUCUACGGCAUCCCAGACCGCUUGGAAUCACACGGCAUUCAGAAACCCAUUUAUCAAGGGCKGUGUUYAACUCUCAACGGRGUACAYCGUGCAGUCCUAKUGGACAURCUAGAGGAAAUGAAAUCACAAGCCCUCGCAUGGAUGCGAAAACUUCAAUUAUUUCAAACACAAGUAAACAGCGAAAAUUCUUGUCGGCGAGUUUUCCAAAGUCCUUAGACACUGUACCAAUAAGAAGUAAAGUUACCAUGGGAAAAUCUAACACGUCAGUUGCUCGUUUACCAGUUUCACAACAUCGACCAUUGGAGAUGGGUGUCAAUAGACAUAAAACCAUACCCRGUUCAGCAUGGACAAAACAUGUUCACAAUAAACACGUGACAAGUAAAUCCUUAAUGACCACGCCUGUAGCGAAGGAAGGGGGUAACGAAAGGAAUAGCGUGAAAGAGUUUGAUGACAUCAUGUCUAAGAACUACGAGCCUGAGRGCGAUGAAAGCGSCCAGAACGGGAAUAUGGGGUACAGAGAGAAAUGCUUACACUGGCUGCUAACUUUACCAGAUUARCGAACUAUUUAGUGCAAGUUGGAACAACUUGGUGAAGUAAACGAUGGUGAACCACCUCAUGAUAGCGAGGCCAUGAGGUUAUUAAUCAUGACGUCAUCGAACGAUUUGAUAAAUUUAUAAUCUUAGAGUGAUAGGUUUAUAUAUACACAUGACGAUUUCUCGUUGUUUUGAUGACGUCAUCUUACCAUUAGAUGUCAUCUAUUAUAAAAUAACUGUUWUGAAUGGCGCRUUCUGAUUGGCUUGGAGCGCGUGCUUUAUGAGAGCACAUUGCACGCGCGCGCACUUUCCGUUGCGUCAUUCCUAUCUAUUAUUGUAAUUUGUAUU